AUGUCUUCACCCCCCGCCAAAACCUUCAAGGGCUGGGUAGCCCAUGAUGCAACCAAUCCUCUCCAAUUCACGACCUUCACCCCAAAGCCCUUCACAGAAACCGACAUCGAAAUUCGCGUUACGCACUGCGGAAUUUGCGGCACAGAUGUUCACACUUUACGCUCAGGCUGGGCCCCAACAGACUAUCCCUGCGUUGUUGGUCACGAGAUCAUCGGCAUAGUCGAGCGAGUUGGCACUGGCGUCCCGACACUAUCAUCUUCCCCUGCCUCGCGCAAGAUCCAGAUCGGCGACCGUGUCGGCAUCGGUGCGCAAACCGGGUCUUGUCUCCGGUCGGACUGUGAGGCCUGCGCCGAUGGCGAAGAGUCAUAUUGUAACCGGCUCACCGGCACGUAUAACAGUCGGUAUGCCGACAAGAGCAAAUCUUAUGGUGGAUUCGCGGAGAAGUGGCGCGGACCGGCACAUUUUGUUGUGAAGAUCCCCGACGGACUUCCAUCUGCUGAGGCAGCGCCGUUGCUGUGUGCGGGAGUGACUGUUUACGCGCCCUUGAAGAAACAUGGUGCCGGGCCCGGGAAAACAGUGGGUAUUGUUGGGAUUGGAGGACUGGGACAUCUGGGGGUGUUAUUUGCAAAGGCUCUGGGCGCGGAUCGGGUUGUUGCUAUUUCGCGAUCGAGUAGCAAGAAGGCAGAUGCCGUGCAGGGACUAGGCGCCGAUGCGUUUAUUGCAACUGGAGAAGAGAAGGGGUGGGCGAAGAAGUAUUCGCGAUCGCUGGAUAUCAUUCUUUCGACGGUUUCCGGGGGCGAUAUGCCGUUUUCGCAGUACUUGCGCCUUCUGAAGCGGGAUGGUACUUUUAUUCAGGUUGGAGCGCCGGAGGAGCCGCUGCCUCAGUUGGCGGCGUUUUCCUUGAUUCAGAAGGGGGUGAAGGUGACGGGGUCAAAUAUUGGGUCUCCGGAGGAUAUUCGGCAGAUGUUGCAGCUUGCUGCGGAGAAGAGGGUUUUGCCGUGGAUUCAGAAGAGGCCUGUGGAGGAUGUGAAUGCUGCGCUGGCGGAUAUGCAUGAUGGGAAGGCAAGAUAUCGGUUUGUGUUGCAAAAUGGGGAGCAACAGGCGAAGCUAUAA